GUUGGCUGGGUGAUGCAGCUUGUCAUUAAUGAAGCAGUCCAUCAGUGUUACAUCACAACCUACCUCUUGCAAACUCUGAAGUGUCAUGCCCUAUUCCUUUGUGUUAACAUUGUUGGUCUCAUCUCAUCUCACCCUGCUGCUUGCAACACUUUGGUGAAAUAUGCUUGUGAGUUAGCACCCUCAUUAUAUUCAGAUGUUAUGACUAAAAAUAUGAAGCUGCUGGUAAAGGACAUUGAAUUGGACCUCAUUCAUCAACAUGCAAAGGGCAUUUUGGCAUCUUCCUCCAUUAGCUAUCUAAAGACCACUCAACUGAGGGGUUCACUCUUCCAAGACAGCUGUGACAACAAAGCCAUAUCAUCUGUGUUUACCAAGUUUUAUGUUGAACACACUGAGCCUUUAGCAGUGUUGGAAAAGUACAAGGAGAAAGGUCAAUGGUGCUUGGGUGAGCUCCUUGAUGGACAUGAGUUUCUUGCUAUUUUUCCUAUUACACCUGUGAGCCCAGUUCACAAUAACUAG